UGCUGUUCUGAGCCUGGCGCGAAGUGCUACAAGAAGAACGACCAUUGGAGCUCGUGCAACCAAACUUGCAACCCAUACAGUCUGUGGACGGUGGACGGAUGGGUCACGACGAACGAGACAGUCUGGGACUGCACGGAGAUUCGGCCGCCGUGCUCGGCAACUGGGGCGUCUUGCGCACUGUCCCAGUGCUGCUCUGAUCCCAGCUCGAAGUGCUACAAGAAGAAUGACUAUUGGUUUGCGUGCAACCAAACAUGCAAUCCAAACUACAUGUGGAUGGAGAACGGCUGGGUCAAGACGAACGAAACAGUUUGGGAUUGCGAAGUCAUCAGCAUCGACAGUACCGACGUUUCGUCUGACUCCGGUGCCGGGAAUGCCGCUGACACUGAUGCUUCGUCAGACUCCGCGAGUAGCUCCGAUGCUGCUACAGCCUCCGUUUGCUCGCCGAACGGGGAGUCUUGCGCACUUACCAUGUGCUGCUCUGAGCCUGGCGCGAAGUGCUACAAGAAGAAUGACCAUUGGAGCACGUGCAACCAAACCUGCGCCCCAAACAGUCUUUGGACGGCGGACGGAUGGGUCACGACAAACGAGACAGUUUGGGAUUGUGAG